GCAACAUGGCAGACAGUGGUGGCUUUUACUUUUAGUUGCAACCAAACUAAGCUUAUUAAUUAACUCAAUUCAUCAUAAAAUGUCUAGAACAGCGGGAUUGCGGAAGCUCUGAAACCAGCAGGGAAAUGUUUUGUCUCCGCCUACGAUUAUGGCUUCAGCCUGCCUCACAGGUUUGGGCUGCUUCUCGGCAGAACGUCCACAAACUGGCAUCUCUUCAGAAAGCCACAAUGAUGCCUCCAAAGAAACUCCAAGGCUUAUUGUACCCCUUCACUGAUCUGGAGGCUUACCUGGACAGGUCUGUGGACACGACGCAGUUCCAGCUCUUUCAUCCCAGUGUGGAGGACAUGGUCCAAUCUGAAAAGCUCUUCUCCUCUUCACCUUCUCAUAAGAUUGAUUACCACAUCUCUGCAGAGAGGAUGGACCAUGUACCUGUGCUGCAACAGCCAGAGGUUUGCUUUAUUGGCAGAAGCAAUGUGGGGAAGUCGUCUCUCAUCAGAGCUCUGUUUGCCCUGACUCCUGAGGUUGAAGUCAGAGUCUCUAAAACUCCAGGUCACACAAAGAAGAUGAACUUCUUCAGAGUGGGCAAAGCUUUCACCGUGGUGGACAUGCCAGGCUACGGACACAGAGCACCUAAAGACUUUGUGGAUAUGGUGGAGCCGUACCUUUACACCAGGAAAAACCUCGUGAGGACAUUCCUGUUGGUUGAUGGCAGUGUUGGUGUUCAGAAGGCUGACCUCAUAGCUCUGGAGAUGUGUGAGGACAUCAAACAUCCGUAUGUGAUGUUGGUGACCAAGAUUGACAAGUGUGGACGAGGAACACUGCUGACAAACUUGAUGAAUCUUCAGGAUGUGGUUAAAACACAGACCAGCAGCUGCUUCCCACAGCUAUUUCUGCUCAGCUCCCUCCAGUUUCGGGGAAUCCACCUCCUGAGAUGCUUCAUUUGUCAUCUCACAGGCAGCAUCAGGUUAACGAACACUUGUCACACAUGAGCAGAGGUCAGCUCAGUGUCACUGAAUCAACUCGGAUUCCUUCUCUGGUCAAAAUUUGACUGCAUUUUUAAUGUAUUUUAUUACUCAGUGUGUUUAAUAAUGGCUGAUGUGAAGGUGGAGGAAGUAAACAACUCUACUUGUCUUCAUACGGCAACAUAAGUGAUGCUUUUAUUUUGAAAUAAAAUGUAAAAUCCA